AUGAGUGCUACAAGAGUUAUCAAGUUCUUUAUUAAAAAUUCUCCAGUAGGUGAAUUAGCUGAUGUACUUGAAGAUAUAUCUAAUAUAAUCGGCCAAGAUUUCUUAAAGCAACCAGAGAUUAAACAAGCUCUUAGAGAGUACUAUGAAGCUCACAAGAUUCAGCUCUCUUUCACUGAUGGAAGUCAGGGACUUGUGACAGGCCUCGGUAGACAAGAGCCACUUGUAAGAUAUGUGUAGGGUUCUAUUCCAGUGUAAUCAUAAGCAUAAAAGAAAGCUGGCCUCUGGGAUGAUGAAAAUGAAGAGGGUGAAAGUAGUUAACAAUUAGAAUACGAGGAAUAAUUUUAAGAGGAGCAAUAUCAAUAAGAAUAAAUUGUAGAGGAGUUUGUAUAUUAUGAUCCAGUAAAAAAAGCUAAAUUCUCAUUCCACCCAAUCACCUUAGAAGCUAAAAUUGAAGAGGAAAGUGUUGAUCUAGAAGCCUCCUCCCUACCUUCAAACAUUGUUUAACUAAGGUAAUUUUUCUCCAACCAUUACGUAUUUAGAAACGAUGUAAUUGAACAAAUGAACCUAUAUGUUGCUAGACAGUUUAGAAGAGGAACAACUCUAUUUACUGUUUUCGCAGAUCAUAGCUCAAUCAAGGUAGAGGUCUCAUGCCACAACUUCAACUUCAAAAACUACUGGGGUGGAGAAUUUCUAUCAUCCUACAAUGCAGAUGUCUCAAAUCAAUAAUUAGAUGGAAGUGUCAAGGUUCACAAUCACUAUUUUGAGCAAGGAAAUAUCUAAUUCAAUCUGAACAAAAAUUUCCCAGCCUCUAAAGUUAAGAGCUUUAAUGGAAAAGGCAUUGUUGAUCAAAUAGCAAAAUUAGAGACUGAUUAUCAAGAGGGACUUGAGGAGAUGUAUACUGAAGUAUCAGAAAAGCUCUUGAAGGGUAUGAGAAGAAUCCUUCCUGUUACUAGGACUAAAUUCGAUUGGAGCAGACCAAACCUAAUUUGA